AUGGAUUUCGAAGAUUCAAAGCCCUGGUUUAUGGCUCUUCAAGCCGACACUUCCAAGCGAGAGGAGAUGACACACCUGGUACAGCAGACAAUUGAACUGAUGGGCCGGCUGGACAUUGUCGCCUCCAACGUCGGCUGGACGCGAAUGACGGACUUUACGAACCUCAACGAUGCAGAUGACGAGGCCGAUUGGGACCAAUGUUUCGACAUCAAUGUCAAGAGCCAUUUCCGACUUUUCCGCGCCUGUCAGUCGUACCUGGAACGCAGUGAAGGGGUGUUUAUUGCCACUGCGAGUGUAGCUGGUGUCAAACCGAGCGGGAGCUCGUUGCCAUAUGCCGUGACGAAGGCGGCGCUUAUCCACCUGGUCAAGAGUCUCGCGAUUGUCGCCGGUCCCAAGAUCCGUGUAAACUCGGUAUCGCCUGGUGUCCUUAUGACGGACUGGGGACGAGGAUUCCCGGAGGAGAGAAUCAACGCCGUGGAGGCCAAGAAUGUCUUAAAGCGACUCGCAACGCCAGAGGAUGUGGCCGAGCAGGUCCGGUUCCUCGCAAGCUCUCGAUCGAUUACGGGGACGAAUACAGUAAUUGAUGCAGGGUUCAGUCUUUAG